AUGACACAGCCAGCGAAGGAGACCAAGGCACCGCAUCCAUCGCCGUCAGACAACGUGGAAGCCCCGGCCUGUCCUACUAUUUCUAAGAAGCAAGAUAACCCCGUUUCUACGUCAGCUUCACUUGAUGUCCAAGCAACGGACAUGACUGCGUUGGUGCAGGACAUGAAGUCACCCAGCAUGAAUAAAACGCGCGAGUACCCCGACUCCUGGAUCUACGACGAGAAAAAUCCCGAAGCCUAUCUGGAAUCGUUCUUCGCCAACCAGCGUGAGAUAGGAAAGAAAUGGAAGGAGUUGGGCAUGCCAGCCCCCAGUGAGGUUAUCGAGGACGCGGAGGGCAAUCUAAAGCUCCAGCAUCACCAGCUCCCUCCACCUGCGAGUCAGAAGCCACAUAAGGGCGACGACCCUAACGCUACCUACUCCUGCAUGACGAGGAUACGGCCAGAACCAAUGCCAAAGGAGAUCGCGUCUAACAAGGCAAAGUCAGCGACCCCGGAACGAGAGUUCAUCGUAGUUGACACGCAGAAAGCGCACGAACUACAGGAGCAAGGCUGGACCCUUUGGGACGCUCCAGCUCCGGCCCUCAAUAUUAAAGCAGGGUACAAAGAUGUUCGAGAGUGUUCUCGCUGGUUCGAUGUCAACACCACCGAUAAUCCUGUUGCGGACACCGCAUUCUUCCUCGGUCAAGCCAAUGAAUUUGCGGAAACCACCAUGACCGAUGGCAAGUGGCGCCCAGGUCAGUUACUUGGACCUGAUAAUUCCGACCCGGAGGUCCAAGCCAAGAGUCUCUCCUUUGCCCCAUUCACCCCGGUAAAGGACAUGACCGAAAAGCGUUCAGCGACCUCAACCGGCCAUAUCCACCAAUGGAGGCGACCAAUCGGCAUCGGCCCUGGUUGGGGCAGUUACGACGACUUCACUACCUUCCAAUCCUACGGUCGUCGGAUCCCUAAGGAGCUGGUCGAAGAGAGAACAUGGUCAACCAAUGCAGCUGCGCCCUUCGAACUGAAGAGCACGUCGGGUCAAACUAUGAGGUGUGAUGUCCAACUUGUCGAAGACGGAAUCCCGGUCAAGCAAAAGCCGCCGGUUUCGCUGCGUGUGGCCCAGGGCACUGUUGUGAGGACGGACGGAUGA